UGGGGACGGCCCGCUCGGCUGCCGGGCGGAACAGAGACUGUACCGGGCGUCAUGGCCCAGCCGUCGGCGCAGCUGCGACACGGGGACACCGAGACGCGUGUUGCUUUUGUUGUGGGCUGCCGGGUCGGGAGGUGACGCGGACUGGACACCGGAGAGGACGGUCGCCUUGGAUAGCUCUGAGGGGAGCGGUGAGCCUGACAGAUUCCCUUCGUCGGCCGGACGCGAGCGCCUUCAUAACAGGCUCUGGCCCGGCCUCCUAUUAGCCCGGCUGGAAAUUCAUGCCUGCCCGAGCGGCGGCCGGGCGAAUUUACAUGGCGCCGGGGCCGGCCCGGCGCGACUGACUCCGCCCCCCGAUGGACCUCAGCCCGGUGCGGCGCGCUCAUUGGCUGACGGUGGAUCACGUGACAGCGGGCUCUCGGCGGCCGGCGCGGAGCGGGUGCCGUUCAGGCAGACCGUGCAUUUAUGAAGGUGAUACAUCGCGCGGCGGCCGGGCUGCAUAAUUACGCGAUUAUCGCGGCGGUGCAGUGGUGCGAGUGAUGGCUGUUGCGAUCGGGCGCGAGUGACUGCAGCAGCGUGUGCGCCCGACGGUGAUAUUUAUUGAUAUUUAUUGACUGCCAGCCGGCCGCCACGGUGAAUCGGGAUUCUCGGCCGCAAGCAGCAGUGCACGGGGAGUGAGCCGCGUCCGCGCCAGCCGCCGCGCAGCCAUGAACUCGGGCGUGUACGGCAUGUGCAACGUGGAGGCCACGGCCGGCUACCAGCACCCUCAGGCGUACGGCGCCGCCGGCGAGAUGGUCUACUACCCAGCCGUGGCCCAGGAGGCCGCCACCAACCCCUACAUGAUGCCUUCCGCCGUGGACGCGCGCUCGCCGGCCGUAGCGCACGCGGACCCGGCCGCCAGCACGGCGGGUAGCCAUCACGACUCGUCCGCAACAUACACAAACCUAGACGAGUACCCCGCGGCCGCUCAGGGCGGCUACCAUCCGGCCAUGGCCGUGCAUCUCCAGCCGGCGUACCGCUCCGCCGGCGGCGACUUCAAACACGACGAGUACGGCGGGCACGACCCGGCGGCGGCGGCGGCGGCGGCGGCCGCGCUGCACCCGCAGGCGUAUCCGUACAUUGACCCGGCGGCGUAUGGCGCCAGGACGCACAUGGGCGUGCAUGGGUACAUGGAACAGCUGAGGGAACAAUGCCAGGUGAACAGUGUGUUGCACGGAGCGGUGCGAGCGCCGCCGCCGCCCGCCGCGCCCACAUAUAAGUGGAUGCAGGUCAAGAGGAACAACCCCAAACCAGUGCCCAAGUCUGACUUCAGCUACGGGGCUGGCGGUGCCAACAACACGGGCCGGACCAACUUCAGCACCAAACAGCUGACCGAGCUAGAGAAGGAGUUCCACUUCAACAAAUACCUGACGCGCGCGCGCCGCAUUGAGAUCGCCACGGCACUCACGCUCAACGAAACCCAGGUGAAGAUCUGGUUCCAGAACCGGCGGAUGAAACAGAAGAAGCGCAUGAAGGAGGGUCUGGUGCCCUCCGAGCCGCUCUCCCAAACCGCCGCCUCCGCUGCCGCCGCCGGCAAGGGCGACGUCUCCGACGACAAGGCGUCACCGCUGCAGGCGAAGACCGAGUCAUCCUCGCCGCCGCUGUCGCCUCAGUGAGGCGGCAGCGCGGUGACCGGGUCAAAGGUCAGGUCGCAGAGCGGGCGCCGCGCGGCGGCGAGACAUGCGGCGCGGCGCCGGCCCAGAUAUCAAAAGAGUGAGCGGCGGUGCUGGUUAAGGACGCGCGGGAGGCACGGCACGCGCAUCGCAGCCGCCGAACGUAGAGCCAGGCAGCUUUAAGCAGCGCGGCCCAGAGCGGGUCGCGGCACGGGCGGGGCCCAUCCUCGCCCGGUGCGGGUACCAAACUCAGGGAUUUUCGCGAGCGAUGAAUAUCACGCCUGGUAUUUAUUUCGUCUUGAAUCAUGAAGUGAUAUAAGUGCGUGUGUGUGAGUGUGUAAGCUGGGCGAAUCCCGCUGUAAAGCGUCAUUCGUGUUUAGAUGAGAUUACCUAUUUUGUUUUAUGUAUAGGAAUUUUAAUUAUUUAACUGACCCGUGCGUUUUCGUUCUGCCCUUCUCGACUUCGCCAGGUUUUAGCUCUAAAUUAAUAACUUAACUAUUUAUGUAGAUGCUCGCUUGACCCUGUCCUGCAUUUCCCCAUCAAGACCUCAUUGACCAUUGGUUGCAAUAGCACUAAGUCAGCAUCGUUUCGAACGGCAGCGAUCGAGAGCGCACUGUACGUGUAAAAUACUCACCUCGCUCAGACCCGUGUUAUUGGCGCCUGUCGUAGCCUAGUCGCGUUGUUUUAAUUUGAACUGACACCAAUGGGUAACGACCAAUCAGCCUAACACUCUAUUUAAACCCGGCUUGACAAGCCGAUACCCCUCUGGUCCCGGGCGCCAUAUUUCUGACGUAGGCUUUACACCAAAAGGCGCCACGGGACUUGACCCCGGCGGCGUCGUGAAAUGUGUUAUGUGACGCGUUCGGCUGGGCCCUCUGAGCAGCGACAGAAGCCGAUAAUGGGUCUCGUCGCUGGACUUUUGUCAGGGCCCUCCCGGCGCCUGUUUCUCUGACGUGCUCCUCUGUUGUGUUUGUAAAUACGACUGACUGUGUUUGUUGCAAUGUCGAUAUUCCUCAUGGUCACAAUACGAUGGAAAUCCUGU